CUUCAUCUCAUAGAUUUUAUCUCUGUUUUCUCCCCACUUUCAGCAUGUGCCACAACAUCAUCGACGGUCGCUAUCAUACUCAAUGCUUUCAUUUCGUGGAAAUGGCGACGCGCAGUGUAGACUGCCUUCGACCUGACUGCUUGUUCAGUAGUCGCCAUGUCCACCCCGUCGGAUGUCGCAACUCUCAGUGCAUUCGCUUGAUGAACCAGCCUGUCAAAAACCCGAUUAGAGUCAGCCCCUCCAACUGUCCCAACUGCAUUCACAAAAGCUUGGGCGGUCCGAUUGGCCACGCUCAAGCCGCCAAGUAACCGCUGCCUCGAGGCCACCGCAGGCCCGGUCUUCUGUUUCUCACUUGCUUUCUUCCCUUGCUUUUCGUUGACUUCUUGCAGUUCGGAUUCUCCCUCCUAAGUUAUCGGGCGCCUAUAAUACUUACUUAUUCGUAGCAUUUCUUGGUUAAUCGUACGGACAUUGGGUUUCUGGUUUGUUUCCUCAUGGCUUUCUUCUUUUUUUGUUCCUUUAAUUUGGGGUAGAUGAUCGUUAUGCUGUGUAUAGGUCGUAUGCUGUACUAUGUUACUAUGCAUUCUUGUUC